GCGGCGGGGGCGGAAGCGGAAGCGGCGGGGGCGGAAGCGGAAGCGGAAGCGGCAGCGAUGGCGGGGCCGCGGCUGCUGGAGCGGGCGCGGGCGCCGCGGCACCUGCAGUUCAACCCGUUCGUGCUGGGCGGGUACCGGCCGGCGAGCUCGGGCGCCGGCUGCCUGCGCAGCCUCUUCUACCUGCACAACGAGCUGGGCAACAUCUACACGCACGGGCUGCCGCUGGUGGGCUUCGCGCUGCUGGUGCCGGGGGCGCUGCCGCGGGCCCCCCCGGCCGUGGCCUGGCUGGGGCUGGGCCACUACGUGGCCUGCGUGGCCCCGCCGCUGGCCAGCGUCCUCUACCACCUCUUCAUGAGCCACCGGGCCGGCGCCGGGCUCUACCGGCGUCUCCUGGCCCUCGACCUCUGCGGCGUCGCCCUCGUCAACACGCUCGGCGCCGUGCCCAUCAUCUACUGCGCCCUGCCCUGCCGCCCGGGCCCGUGUGGGGCGGCGCUGGGCGCCUAUGGGGCGCUGUGCGGCCUGGCGCUAUGGGGCGCCGUGGGGGCGGGCAGCCGGGCCGGCCGCCUGGCCGCCUUCGCCGGGCCGGCCCUCUUCCGCCUGGCGGUGGUGGGGCUGCGGGGCGCCGUGGGGCUGGGCCCCCCGGCAGCCCUGGCCCCCUACGCCCGCAUGGAGGCCCUGGCGCUACUUGGGGGGCUGGUGAACGUGGCGCGGGUGCCCGAGCGCUGGCGGCCCGGCGCCUUCGACUACUGGGCCAACAGCCACCAGCUCAUGCACUUGCUGGUGGCCCUGGGCAUCCUGCAGCUGCACUGGGGGGUGGCCGCCGACCUCCACUGGGCCGCCCGGCACCCCUGCCCCACGGCGUGAGGCGGCCGUGGGUCCUGCUGCCCCACGGCGGGCGCGGCGGAGCUGCCCCGGGGGCGGCCCUGCCCGUUUGGGGGUGAGCGGAGAUGUUUGUGGAGGACUGUCACCGUCUGUGGAGGACUGUCACCGUCCAUGGGCAGCGAGUGACGUCUGUGGAGGACUGUCGACGUCCGUGGAGGACCGUCACCGUCCAUGGGCAACGAGUGACGUCCAUGGAGGUCCAUCACCGUCCAUGGAGGACUGUCACCGUCCAUGGGCAACGAGUGACGUCCACGGAGGUCCGUCACCAUCCAUGGGCAACCAGUGACGUCCAUGGAGGUCCGUCACCAUCUGUGGAGGACUGUCACCGUCCAUGGGCAACCAGUGACGUCCAUGGAGGUCUGUCACCAUCUGUGGAGGACUGUCGCCGUCCAUGGGCAAUCAAUGACGUCCAUGGAGGUCUGUCACCGUCCAUGGGCAACUGGUGACAUUGAUGGAGGUCCAUCACCGUCCGUGGAGGACCGUCACCAUCCAUGGGCAACAAGUGAUGUCCAUGGAGGACCGUCACCGUCCAUGGGCAACCAGUGACAUCCAUGGAGGUCCGUCACCGUCUGUGGAGGACUGUCACCAUCCAUGGGCAACGAGUGACAUCCAUGGAGGUCUGUCACCAUCUGUGGAGGACUGUCAGUGUCCAUGGGCAACCAGUGAUGUCCAUGGAGGUCUGUCACCGUCCAUGGGCAACAAGUGACGUCCAUGGAGGUCUGUCACCAUCCAUGGAGGACCGUCACCGUCAGUGGGCAACGAAUGACGUCUGUGGAGGACCAUUACCAUCCAUGGAAGACUGUCACUGUCCAUGGGCAACUGGUGAUGUCCAUGGAGGUCCGUCACCAUCCAAGGGCAACCAAUGACGUCCAUGGAGGUCCGUCACCAUCCAUGGAGGACUGUCACCGUCCAUGGGCAACGAGUGACGUCCAUGGAGGUCCGUCAUCAUCCAUGGGCAACCAGUGACGUCCAUGGAGGUCCGUCACCAUCCAUGGAGGACCGUCACCGUCGGUGGGCAACCAGUGACAUCUGUGGAGGACCAUUACCAUCCAUGGAAGACUGUUACUGUCCAUGGGCAACUGGUGAUGUCCAUGGAGGUCCGUCACCAUCCAAGGGCAACCAAUGACGUCCAUGGAGGCCUGUCACCACCCAUGGGCAACCAGUGACGUCCAUGGAGGCCCGUCACCGUCCAUGGAGGACUGUUACCAUCCACGGAGGUCCGUCACCGUCCAUAGGCAACCGCAGAUGGCCAGAGGCCACCAGAGACGUUAAUGGAGAUCUAGUGCCACCGUCCAUGGAGACCCAGUGUCACCCACGGACAACCAGUGCCACCGUCCAUGGAGACGCAGCGUCACCCAUGGACAACCAGUGCCAUGGGGCAGCCCCGCCCCACAGCGUGACGCACCUAUGGGUGGCCCCUGCCCCACGGGAUGGACGGCGGCGCCUAGGGCCAACCAGGGACGUCCAGGACCAUCCAUGGACCCAUGACGUCCAUGGAGAUCCAGCACCGCCAACCAAUGGACAUCCAGCGCUAGCUGUGGACCUGUUCCCCCCCCCCCGCCAUCUCAUUGGCCAACCACCCCCCUACUGCCAUCCCAUUGGCCAACUACCCCCCACCGCCAUCUUGUUGGCCAACCAACGUCCCCGCCAUGCCACGGCCUGCCGCCAUCUCUGUCCCAGCGGCCACCCCACGUCCCCCCCUGGGCCCCAAUCCUGGUCGGGGACGACGCCAAUAAAGCAGGGACGGGGCCCGGCAGCUGCUCCGUGGGGCGGCCGUGCCGUGGGGUGGCCCCGCCCUUUAUUGGGGGCAGGA